AUGGAAACCAACGAACAGUCAAAUAAAAAGCGUUUAGAAGUUGUGGAUUCUGCAGGAUCGUUGGACGAGACCUGCAAAACAUUUGUUUUUCACAAUGAAGACCACACUCUCGGGAAUUCGCUGAGGUACAUGGUUAUGAAGAACCCCGAAGUUCAGUUCUGCGGAUAUAGUGUUCCCCACCCCUCAGAAAGUAAAAUUAACUUCAGAAUACAAACUCACGGUGAACUAGGGACCGAUGUGUUGAAGAAAGGGCUGAAAGACCUUAACAGUGUAUGUGAGCAUGUUCUGGCAACUUUUCAGGCAAGUGUUCAAGACUUCAAACGUCGUGAUGUUGAAAUGGCUGAUGGAUGA